ACCCGCGGCGCGCGUCCCCGCCCCGCCCCCUCCGGGCCGCGGGCAGCGCAGACGCAGACGCGGCGAGCAGCAGCCGGGCUUAGAUGUUAUCGGACGGCAGGAAGCGAAGACGGAGCUGUAAAGAUGAGGAAAGCCAGCCUGUCCCACCUCCAAAACGUCUCAGCAACAAUACCCUGUUACAGGAUCUACCAAGAGACAGCUGGGACUGCGAGUCCUCAAGCAGUGACAGCAGCAGCAUUGUCAGUAGUCCCGACAGACUGAAUGGACACUUACCGACUGAAGCCAAUUUAAACUGGACCAAGCCAGGCAACAGCUCAACAAUGCUUCAAUUUUCUGAUUCCAUUGAACAGUCUGCACAAGGCCCAUAUCUGCAAAUCAAUCAGAUCCUGAAAGAGGCACACUUCUAUAGCUUGCAUCAGCGUGGACAUCAAACGUGACCAGACUGCAGGACUGUGUGUCUUCAAUGCAGGACGGGGACUGUAAAUGUAAUUUUUUGCAGUGGAUGUUUGUACUUAGAUGAUUUAAAUUGCACAAUCUUUUCCCUUUUUGCUCCAUUUGGUUAAAAAAUUACCAUCUUUUCACUCUUUAAAUGCCCUUGGACAUAUGUAAUAUCAAAAUUGUGGGGACUAUAAUAGCACAAUGUCGCUUUGAUUGCUUCAUUUACCCUGUCUGGUACAAAUCUGACUCACUAAAUCAAUACUUUGUGGAAUUAACCUACAAUAGAGCAAAUUCCUCCCAGUAAUAUUUGCAGUAACAUUCGUUGGAAUUGUUUUAUAAUGAAAAGGUGGUUAUAUUUCAUACAGUUGGUUCAACUCAGUCAAACUAAUGGUUUUGUAUUUCCACUGCAUUUUUACAAAAUGUCUGAUUUACCACCAAAUGGAUGGUGUUUUAAAAACAAACCUGUAAUGCAAUAGGAUUGCAAUGUUACUUUACAACUAGUUUUUCAUUGAGCCCAUGAAAUGCAAAUAGUAGUUUCCUAUUUAGGUUAGUGCAAAAGAUUUCAUUUGGGAACAUGUGUAACUAAAAAAUAUCAAGAUGGUUUCAGUUAUUUCUCGGCUAUAUAAUUAUUUGUAUGGCUGAGGUUGCAUUUGGAAAAACAUCUGAAACUACACUAAAGCUGAACAAGUAUACUUUAAGAGAAAUCAUUUAAAUUCUGAUCUAAGUUAUGAGUUUCCAGACAUAUGUUUUAGCAUUUACAUGCAAAUGUUGAUAGCCUGGUGAAAGAAUUGCAAACAACUUGGUCUGCCACUUCAGAAACUUGAGGUUCGAUUCCCUAGUUUCUGAUCUCGGUUGCAAACAGCAGAAUGGGUUAUACUGAUUGACCAGAUAUGUUCAAAGCAAAGCAAAACAGCAGCAAAUUGUGUGGUCAAAUAAACUGCUGAUGUUAGGUGGCAUGAGAGGGUAUUUAAAAAAGGAAUCACAAAUUGAGGAGAGCAAUAGGAAAAUAAAGUUAAAUGAUUGACUAAGUUGCUUAAAUGUUGUGUUUGAAUGAAAAUAUUACACAAGUAUUAGACAGUGACACACUUAAUGACAUUCCUAUUUUUAUGUGAAAGCCUGCAGGAAUCUUAAUUUGGAAUGGAGCUGCGAAUUUGUUUGUUUUUUUGUCAGGGAUUUUUUUUUAAAUUUGCUGUAGAAUCUGAAAUUUUAUUUGUAAGUCUUAAGUUACCAAAUUUAAUUUUCAGAAAUAAGUACAAAAUUAUUGUAACCAUUUUUGCUCAAUAAAAUUUAAAGAUCGUUUGAAAUACA